AUGAGUGUCUUCUUUGUCGACUGGGAGCUUUGGCAAGAAAUGACCUUUGCAAGUACCAUGCCGCCUCUUUGUUGGCAAACCACUCAAAAAACUGUCGCUAACCGUCAACUUCCACCCCAGGUCCUCGGCUGCUGUAUCGUUCUUGUCUUUGCCCUCGGCCUCAUCAAGCUUUGGUGGACGAACCGCGCUAUGCGCCGCCUGGAAAUCAUCGACGAGGAGAAGCGCGCUCGGGUUUCUCUCAUGUCGCACUGCGGCAUCGAGAAUCUGCGACCCCCCGAGAUCCCUUUUGGCAUCCGUGCUAUUCAGAACGGCGUACAGGUGGAAGGUAUCUGGAUCUCGCGCCCCGAUACCCCCGAGUCCAGCCAUAAGGCCCCAGGGGCCACGCUCGUCGGCCACCGAGUGGAGAUGUCAAAGGGGAAGGGCAGGAUGAUUGAACUUGGUAAAACAUGUUCCAAUCCGAGUAUCGAGUCUCAGAGUAUCCCGACUCAUCGACUCCAACAAGACGACACUAUUUCACCCGUCGAGCCCUUCAACCACCACACACAGCUGGGUCAAGCUGAGCCAGUUCAGCCCAUGUCUACGCCACCCCAUCAGAAUCUUUGCUCGGGGCGCCAAAGAAACUGGCGAAGGAGCGACACUUCGACAUCGACGAGUCUCCGAGAUCCUUUUGGCACUCCCGCACAGACGCCAACGACUUGGUCCUUGAGUCAAGUAUCUGCUGUCGGCUCAGAGCUGGAUUACUCAAUGUCUGAAUUGGCACUCAGCGUCACAGAGCAGACGAGCUUUCGGCAUGACAAACAGAAGAGUGACCAAUAG